CAGCUGGGAAGUUAGCAAAACAUUCGCAGUCUCGGGUCAGUAUUGGGUGGUAGAUGUGAUGGGAUUGAAUCAAUUUGCCUGCUCCUCUCUCUCUGUGGGCCGUCUGUAGUGGAAAACAGUGCAGACCAAAUUGUAGUGACAAUAGUGACAAAACAGCAACAACAGAAAACAGCAACGUGCGCGCGUGGAUCGGCCCGGAUUUGUGGCGACGAGAGGCUUCCUCCAAAUAAGGGGUGCGCGGCUGCGGCUGGGUGGUAUUUACAUCCGGGGGGGGGGGAGCGAACCAUACCGGAAGCGUUGCUGACUCGUGCAAACGCUCUGAACAGCCAGGAAAAGCAGGCAUGAAACAACCGGCGGGUGGAGAGAAUGCGGUUGACCGGAACUCGUCCUCGGCCAGCAAAGCGAACCGGCCCAGCACGCUGCUGACGAACGACGAAAAUGACCAGCUUUUCCGCCUGCUCGGCCGUCGAUGUCAGUCGCUCAGCACGGCGGUGGUGCAGCUGUACACGACCCAGUCGCCGGCCCACGCCUCCUGGGUGAAGCGGUGCACCGGUGCGCUCUGCUUCAUCAAGGACAACAUCCGCAAGUCGUACUACUUCCGGCUGUACUGUCUCAAGGCGAACCAGAUGGUGUGGGAGCAGGAGCUGUACGAGAAGAUCGAGGUGACGCAACCGAAACCGUACCUAAUCACGUUCGAGGGACAGGAUGGUAUAGUGGCAUUUAACUUUGCUACCGAGGACGAAGCGGCUGCGGUGAUGAACACGACCCUUACCACCAUUCACAAUCGCAACCGGAGGCGCGACGAGCGUAUCAAGCGCAACAACACGCGGAAGGAUCCGCCACCGGCCAGGCCACCACCGCUGCAAACGAUACCGGGCGGUGGAACCGGCUCGAACAUUCCCGAUGCAGACCUGGGUGUCACCUAUCGGAACAAGCAACCGUUUGCGAGCCCCUUUUCCGGGCCGGCAGUGCCGCCGAUGCAGCAGGGAGCACAGCCGCUGGCUGCCGUCGCUCCGAGCCUGGGCAGCGCACUGCACCAGAAGCCGCGCAAGGUCAAGGGCAUGGGCAAGCUGCAGAAGUCCGACAUCGGGUCGCCGUCCAACUUCAAGCACGUGACGCACGUCGGCUGGGACCCGCACAGUGGCUUCGAUUUGAUCGGCGCGCAGGAAUCGCUCAAACCGUUCCUCGAGAAGGCGGGCGUCGGGGAUCAGCACCUGAAGGAUCGCGAUACGUGCGCGUUUAUCUACGACUUCAUCCAGACGAACAACGUGCUCGACACGGUCAAGUCGGAGCAGAGCAGCGGCCGCAAGCAGAAGCCUCCGGCGCCACCGCCCGUACCGCAUCCGCCGCCGCCGAGCGUGCCGGGCGGAAACCACCACCACCAGAACGGGCAGACGCGCAAUCCGCCGCCGCCGCCGCCGCACCGCACGCUGCCGCCGCUACCGCCGACCACGCCGCCGAAGGUGGCGCCGCCGGCUAUGCGACCGCCCCCGAUGCAGCCCCCGCCGGCCGUCGCUGCUGCCCCUGCGCCACCGCCGCCCCCGCCGAUGCCGGUCGGGCCUGUGCCGCCGCCGCCGCCCCCGAUGAUGCCGUCUCUCAAGCCGCCCGCCCCGGCCAUCCCCGGCGGCGGUGGAUCGGCCGGCGGCGGCGGCUCGGAUGAGGGUGGCGAUGCCCGCUCCGCCCUGCUCGACAGCAUACGCAAGGGCACUACGCUCAAGAAAGUGGACCAAAGCGCACACAGCAGUACCGGCAGUGGCGACAUGCGGAACGAUUUGAUGACGGAGAUACAGCAGGGCUUCCAGCUGCGCCCGGUCGCCAACCGGGAGCUGAACGCGGAACGCAACAGUGGCGGCGCGGGAGGAGGUGGCACCGGUGACGUCGGCACCGAUGCGCUGGCCGAUGCGCUGCGCCGCGCCCUGGCCGAACGGGGCCGCGUCAUUCGACCCUCGGACGAGGAUGACAGUGAUUCCAAUUCCAACAACACCGACUGGGAGGACUAGAGCAACAGCCCAAAAAAAAAAAGCAGCAGCGGCGGUGUUGUUUCUUACAUUGUUUUUUUUUUCUGCAGGUGUUUUUAUUUUAGCAUUUAAUUCUUUAUUUUUUACAUUUUUACGUCGUGCAUCCGCAAUGCGUGCGUUAGCCGAAUUUGUUAAACCUGUCGUGUUUUUUCGCGUUUGUAUUAAGCAUUCCCCGUGUAAUAACGCCGCUUUGUUUACAUUUUUAUUGGACAUACGAAGAGAAAACAAUAAGUACUGUUGAACUACUACUACUUACUAUCAGCAUGCUGUUUGCCAAACGUGUGCAGCAUCGUUUCGUUUAUAUUUUCGUGGGAUAUGAAUAGUGUCCUCGUUUUGCAAAGCUCAUAAUACAGAACAAAAAGUGCAUUAUUUACACGCAGACUAAAAAAAACCGGUAGUACUCCCUAUUGCUUUAUUUGGGUACUUCAUCAUUGUUCUGAAAGUUUGUUAAUAUUGAGAUGCAAAUUGUUCAACAAAAAAAAACAAGUAAUUGUGUUUACUUUGAAUUCAGCGCCUUUUAACACAUCAUGCGUACGGUAGGUGCCUAUCAGAAUUAACAAAAACAUUAUAAUCGCAAUUUUUUUCUGUUGUUGCUCAAUGUGGUCGUGCGUUGGGGCGGAAAACCCAAAAACAUUCACGCGUCCAAUGCACAGAAAGCUGUUGUACUUUUUUUUUUGUCCUUUCCCAAAUGGAACCAUUAAAACAGAAACACGCUUGUUAUUUAACUUUGUCAAAGUUAUGAGGAAAUGAUAAACUGAUCACGCGAUAGAGCCGGUUGUAAUUAAUGAUCAUUUGUAAUUGCAAAUACUAUAAUAAAAUACUGUUCUAUUCACAUUAA